ACAAAAGGAAGCACUCUCCUUGAAGAGAAUUAUUGUGGGCAGAGAAGGGGAAACGCGUGUUUACUAGAAUUAGUAUUACCAGGAUAAUUAAAACAGAGAAGAUCACUUUAUUAUUCAAGGUUAAGGUCCCAUGGAACCAAAUACUCUAUCUUUCGCUCUCGUCGCUCCGGGCCUUUUUCACUUUGUACAGCGGAAGCUGCUUUCCCCGCCCUCAGGAAGUGAAAGCCUUCCCAAGCUCCCAGUGCUUGCUGGGAAUUGCAGUCCUUUUACUAAAGGCUUUGGGUGGCCGUGAGGUCAUCGGUGGUCGCCACGAGCCGCUAGCACGUGGCGGGAAGUGGCGGCGCGCUCCAGCUGUCUGCUCCCGGGAGCUGCAGCAGCUGCCCGCCCUGGCGCCUCGCGUUGCUGUGCCCUCCCGACAUGCCCGAGGAGGCGGGCUUCCCGCCGGCCAAGAGAUUCCGGCAGGGCUGUGGGCCUCCGAGCCGCGCGGGGUCCUGCCCUCCCACGAGGCGAGUGGUAAUGCUGCUGAGUGCCGGCGGCGGUGGCGGAGGAGGAGGCCGGAGGCAGCAGCUGCCCCUGGCCCAGCCCUCGGCCAGCCCCUACCGUGAGGCUGUGGAGCUGCAGCGCCGGAGUCUGCCCAUCUUCCAGGCGCGGGGGCAACUGUUGGCCCAGCUCCGAAACCUGGACAGCGCGGUCCUCAUCGGGGAAACUGGCUCUGGGAAGACAACUCAGAUCCCUCAGUACCUCUAUGAAGGGGGAAUUAGCCGCCAGGGCAUCAUUGCUGUGACCCAGCCACGUCGAGUAGCUGCCAUCUCUCUCGCUGCUAGAGUCUCAGAUGAGAAGAGAACUGAACUUGGGAAGCUGGUUGGCUAUACAGUGCGCUUCGAUGAUGUCACCUCAGAAGACACCAGGAUCAAGUUCCUGACAGAUGGCAUGCUUCUUCGUGAAGCAAUUUCAGACUCCCUGCUUCGGAAGUACAGCUGUGUCAUUUUGGAUGAAGCCCACGAACGGACUAUCCACACAGAUGUGCUCUUUGGAGUGGUGAAAGCUGCACAGAAGAGGCGAAAGGAGCUGGGGAAGCUGCCUCUCAAAGUGAUUGUGAUGUCAGCUACAAUGGACGUGGACCUGUUCUCUCAGUAUUUCAAUGGCGCCCCCGUCCUCUACCUGGAGGGUCGGCAGCACCCCAUCCAGAUUUUUUACACCAAGCAGCCUCAGCACGAUUACCUGCACGCUGCCCUCGUCUCAGUCUUCCAGAUUCACCAGGAAGCCCCUUCUUCUCAGGACAUCCUAGUAUUCCUCACGGGUCAGGAGGAGAUUGAAGCAAUGAGCAAGACCUGCCGAGACAUUGCGAAGCACCUCCCAGACGGCUGCCCUUCCAUGCUGGUCCUUCCUCUGUAUGCCUCCCUGCCCUAUUCCCAGCAGCUCCGAGUCUUCCAGGGGGCCCCAAAGGGCUAUCGCAAAGUGAUCAUUUCAACCAACAUCGCUGAAACCUCCAUAACCAUUACAGGAAUAAAAUAUGUAGUUGACACGGGCAUGGUUAAAGCAAAGAAGUAUAACCCUGACAGUGGCCUGGAGGUGUUAGCUGUGCAGCGGGUGUCAAAGACCCAGGCCUGGCAACGCACAGGCAGGGCCGGCAGAGAGGACAGUGGGAUCUGCUACCGACUCUACACAGAGGAUGAGUUUGAAAAGUUUGAGAAGAUGACCGUGCCAGAGAUCCAAAGGUGUAACCUGGCGAGUGUGAUGCUGCAGCUCCUAGCAAUGAAAGUCCCCAACGUGCUCACCUUUGACUUCAUGUCCAGACCGUCCCCAGAUCACGUUCAGGCGGCCAUUGCCCAACUGGACCUGUUAGGUGCUCUUGAACAUAAGGAUGACCAGCUUACCCUGACUCCAAUUGGAAGAAAGAUGGCAGCAUUUCCUUUAGAACCCAAAUUUGCCAAAACCAUCCUCCUGUCCCCCAAAUUCCACUGUACAGAGGAGAUACUGACCAUUGUCUCCCUGCUGUCUGUGGACAGUGUUCUCUACAACCCCCCCUCCCGGCGGGAUGAAGUGCAGGGCGUCCGGAAGAAGUUCAUAUCCAGCGAGGGCGAUCACAUUACCCUGCUCAAUAUCUACCGGACCUUCAAAAACGUAGGAGGAAAUAAGGACUGGUGCAAGGAGAAUUUUGUCAACAGCAAGAAUAUGAUGCUAGUAGCUGAAGUCAGAGCACAGCUGAGGGACAUCUGUCUAAAGAUGUCGAUGCCCACCGUGUCGUGCCGAGGAGACAUGGAGAGCGUCCGCCGCUGCCUGGCUCACAGCCUCUUCAUGAGCAGCGCGGAGCUGCAGCUGGACGGCACCUACGCCACCACCGACACCCACCAGCCGGUGGCCAUCCACCCCUCGUCCGUCCUCUUCCACUGUAAGCCCGCCUGCGUGGUGUACACGGAGCUGCUGCGCACCAACAAGUGCUACAUGCGGGACCUCUGCGUGGUGGACGCCCAGUGGCUGUGUGACGCCGCCCCCGAGUACUUCCGCCGGAAGCUGAGAACCGCCAGAAACUGAGCCGCCGAGCCGCUGGCGGCGCUGCUGGGGCCUGGAGCUGGGACCUGGAGCUGGGACCGCAGCCGUCCUGUCCUCGCCCCUGGCUUCCAGCGUGGCGCCUGGGGAAGCGGCUGGUUCUAAUGCAGCGGGCCGUGCCCGGCUCCAGGAGCUUGCAAGCAUCUUUGUUUAACCUCUUAGGACGGAACCGUGUAGACAUCUACCUACCAUUUAUACCU